CGUGUAGUUUCCGCCUCCUGCACAACGUAGGGUUUCCUCAGCUCCGCCCACAUGGCGCGCGUCGCCGCCUCUAGGCUCGCCGCCGUCGUGGCCUCCUCGAAGUCGAAGCUCGAGGUGUUCUCCCGCCAUCUCCCCGCCGCCUCGUCGGCGUGGGCCGCCCCGUCGCGGCUUCCCGAUCCAGCGAGGGAGAGAAGGAGCCCGAGUUGGUGGUGCCCUAGCAGGUCGUUCCAUGCCACAGCGAGGGUGGAUGCAAGGGAUUACUAUGAUGUGCUCGGAGUGAACUCGGAUGCUUCUGCAUCAGACAUAAAGAAGGCAUAUUAUGGGCUUGCAAAGAAGUUCCACCCCGAUACUAAUAAAGAUGAUUCUGGCGCAGAAAAGAAAUUCCAAGAAGUUAACCGGGCCUAUGAGGUUUUGAAGGAUGAUGAUAAGCGCGAAACAUAUGAUCAGCUUGGAGUUGAAGCUUAUGAGCGCCAAGCAUCAGGUGGUAGCCCAGAUGGUUUCUCUGGCGGCGGUGGGAACUAUGCUGGUGAUAAUCCAUUUAGUGAUAUUUUUACCGAUAUCUUUGACAGUGCGUUCACCUCAACAGGAGGCCAAGAUGUCGAGAUCUCUGUUGAAUUGUCAUUCAUGGAAGCUGUCCAAGGAUGCAGAAAAACCAUUACAUAUGAGGCUGAUGUUCUCUGUGGGACCUGCAAUGGAAGUGGUGUUCCACCUGGCACUGUACCUCAAACAUGUAAAGCUUGUAGAGGUGCUGGCGUGAUGUUCAUCCAGAGGGGUAUGUUGAGUCUUGAAUCUACUUGUCCUCGGUGCGGUGGAAGUGGAAAAAUUGUGAAGAGUUUUUGCAAGACAUGUAAGGGCAAUCAGCUCGUCAAGGGGAAGAAAUCAGUCAAGCUUGACAUAAUGGCUGGAAUUGAUGACAAUGAGACUAUGAAGGUUCGUGGUCAGGGUGGUGCAGAUGUUGAGCGCAAUAAACCUGGUGACCUUCUUUUGACUAUCAAGGUCAGAGAGGAUCCUAUCUUCCGCAGAGAAGGCAUCCAUGUGCAUGUUGAUGCUGUUCUAAGCAUGGCCCAGGCUGUGCUAGGUGGAACUGCUACAAUACCUACCCUCACCGGAAAUGUUUCAGUCAAGGUUCGCCAAGGUACCCAACCAGGAGAGAAGGUUGUCCUACGGGGCAAAGGAAUAAAGGCGAAGAAUUCGUCAUCAUACGGGAAUCAUUAUGUCCACUUUAACAUCAGAGUCCCGACGGAGCUGACACCACGGCAACGGGAGCUGAUGGAAGAGUUUGAUAAAGAGGAGAGCAACGAUGUGGCGAGAGUGGCGGCUGCAUCUGGAUGAGAUUUUUAUGCUCAUUGAUUGAUUAUUUGCACACAUAAUAAGUCAGAUAGCUUUGAAGGGGGCUUGGUGUACCCCAUAUGUCCCUAUCCUUGUUUGUAGGCGUUAGAUGGUGAGUUUUGCCCUGUAUAAUAUACACGUCACCAUAACUGAUAAGCCUAAAUUAUUAUAAACAUCUGAUUUAUAGUCACCACUUUCUUGUGGUACCAUUGUAACAAAAGACUAAGUUGAAACCGAUGGAAGCACGUUUUUGGAUGAGAAUGUAUCAGCAUUUUUUGUUAAA